AUGGCCCUGUCUCUCGCAGCUCGACAACUGGUAUGGAUUCGUAAUGCCUUGCUCGAACUCCAACAACAAUACCAGUACUUCAUCCACGCCGACAACACAGGUUCUAUCGAACUCUGUCGGAACCCACGCAUCCACGACCGGUCCAAGCACAUCGACGUUCACUACCACUACACACGUGAACAACUCGAAGCCGGAACCUUCGAAAUCCUCUACGUCCCUACCGAAGACAAUGUCGCGGACAUAAUGACCAAAGGACUACCAAAACCAGCUCACCAAAAAUUGUCAGAAUUGAUACGAUGUGGCAAGUGA